GUGUGAAAGGGAUUUGGUAGAGAUGGCUGACAGCUCUAUCUAUUCAACACUAGAGCUGCCGGAGGCACCUCAAGUCCAAGAUGAGUCCAGAUGGAAGCUCAAAGCUGUCUUACACCGGCCCCAUCUUUCCCGCUUUGCAAUGGUGGCUUUGGGGCUUUUGACUGUGAUUCUCAUGAGUCUACUGAUGUAUCAACGGAUCCUGUGCUGCGGCUCCAAGGACUCUACAUGUUCCCACUGCCCCAGCUGCCCCAUCCUCUGGACGAGGAAUGGUAGCCACUGUUACUAUUUUUCAAUGGAGAAAAAGGACUGGAAUUCUAGUCUGAAAUUCUGUGCAGACAAAGGCUCACAUCUCCUUACAUUUCCGGACAACCAGGGAGUGAAGCUGUUUGGAGAGUACCUGGGUCAGGACUUUUACUGGAUCGGCUUGAGGAACAUUGAUGGCUGGAGGUGGGAAGGCGGCCCAGCGCUCAGCUUGAGGAUUCUUACCAACAGCUUGAUACAGAGGUGCGGUGCCAUUCACAGAAAUGGCCUCCAAGCCUCCAGUUGUGAAGUUGCUUUGCAGUGGAUCUGUAAGAAGGUCCUAUACUGAUGGAUGCCACUGUGUCCUGAGCCUCGGAUCUGCCACAUGUCUUUAAAAAGAGGGAAUGGGUCUGGGGAAUCUUUGUCUACAAAUGUGUGUUUAACAAAUGCCAAACCUGUUAUGAUAUGCCAUUAGACAGAGGAUUAGCAUACCUUUCUGGGGGUUGGCCUUUUCCUGUUGGGCUUUUUCCGCGACUGUUUAAGUAUUAGGCUAGCCAUUUAAAGCCUAAAUCUGGGCAAAUGAAAUGGAUAAAGUUUAUUUUAAUGGAUACCCACCCUGCAGAUAGCCACCCUGGCUCUCUCAUCCCUUCCUCUGCCAUCUCUGUCAAAGAUAUGUAGAAAACUAUUCAUCCUCAGAAGAAUGAACCCCUGCCGCAUUCAGUAACACGUUCCAUAGACAUCAACAAGACAGAAAGACGCAAACACCUCAUGUGCUCACUCCUGCUUGGGAGCUGACCGAGCUUGUGCCUGAGCUGUAGGGAGAAGUGCAGUGGUUACCGGAGUCCAGAGUGAUGGGGUGGGUGGUAGAGCUUAGGUAAUGGUUUGGCUGGUGUGGGGUGACAAUAACGAUCAAUAAUAGUUGUAUGGUUGCCAAUUUAUUGUGAGCUUCCAAAUAGCUAGGCGGAAGGACUGUGGGUGCUUCCGAAUGCCUGAAGGACAGGUAUGCUGAGCACGCCGACUGGAUCAUUUUCCACCCACACUGAAGUAUCACACUGUGCCUCAUAAAUGUGUACAAUCACUAUCUCUCCAUGAAAAUUAAAGAAGUCACAAUUAAAACGAAAAAAA